AUGGGGUAUUAUCUUGUAGAUGAUAUAUAUCCAUCAUGGGCAACAUUUGUCAAAACAAUUCCAACACCACAAGACCGUAAAAAACAACAUUUUUCUUCCACACAAGAGGCGUCCAGGAAGGAUGUCGAACAUGCAUUUGGAGUGGUUCAAGCGCAAUUUGCAAUUGUGCUCGGGCCUGCACGUUUUUUCCACCUUGAAAAGCUUAAGGACAUUAUGAUGGCAUGUAUAAUAUGGCAUAAUAUGAUUGCUGAAGAUGAGCGACAUACUUACCUUGGAGCAAAUGACUUUGAUUAUGAUCAAAUCGAUGAUAGUGGACCUGAACCGAUGUCACAUAAUCCCACUUGUAACCUUAUGCAAUUCAUUGAACGUCAUAAUUCUAUUAGAGAUAGAGUAAUUCAUUCUCAACUUCAAGUGGAUCUCGUUGAGCAUCUAUGGCAACUACAAGGCCAGUCGUAG